UUUUAUAAAUAUUGUUGAACUUUAUGUGUGAAAAAAUUAAAAGACUUUUAAAAAAAUAUGGAGAGAAACUUUUCUCAAAAUAGACAUUAUGUGCAGCAUGUACACAAUGACAGCCAGCAGUUUCCUCAUGCUCGGAGGAUGGAUUUUAUGAAUCCUUCGAUGCAAAAUCAAUCUCCAUCAAGAACUGGAAAUAGGUUUUUGCUUCACGAACCAGGAUACCCACAGGCCAGAGGUUCUGGCCCAAAUCAGUAUAUGUAUCCCCAUGGGAAUGCAGAACAAGGAGGAAACAUGGUACCUCCACAACAAGUAUACAGUCAUAGAGUUGGUGUCAACAAUCCAAGGGCAGGAGUGCCCAUGAAUAAUCAGCCCUCUCCACAUGAAAUAAAUCAGGGUCAACAAGACUAUGGUAACUUCAACCAAAACAGAAGACCACAAAAUCAGACCUCAAACUUUCCCAGAGGAAGAGGUACAGCUGCCAGAGCACAUAGUUUAGAUCCUGGAGGUAAUGCAUUUCAGCCACAGAAAUUUCAAUCCAAUAUAAUCAACCAGAAACCAGGAAGUGCACAUCUGCUGAAAAACCCUUCACACAGUACUGAAGGUUUUCCAAUUCCACCACAACAGUCAACUGAAACUGGAAGAAGUCAAUACAGCAGAGCUGGAAGGAUUUACAAAGAUCACUCUGAUGUUGAGAGUAACUGGCAAAAUCAAGGUAGCAAUUCCCAAAUCACUGAAAAGGAAGGAAAAAGUAAUAUCAAGUUACCUAGUGAGAAGAGAAAUGUUAGUGCCUCUUCUGCAAAAAAUAAAAAGUUCAAAAAGUGCAUAUUAUCAGAGUGCCACAACAGUGUUAUUAAUAUGAGAGAUCACAUGUUGAAAUGUCAUCUACCCAAAAUAUUUAAUGUGAAUCUUCCUCUUGAUAAACCUGCUCUAAAUGAACUGCGCAUGCAAGCUUUGACAGAGUUGACGUCUUCAAUUCUUGGAACCACUGCAAACAUAGAAGACCUUUGUGACUUUUUACGAAUGCAAAAUGUCAUUCCCACAACCGUACCAGUUGAAGGAAAAACAGAAGAUACCAUGAGAGCCUUUUGUCGUCAUCACGGAUAUAAUGAACCCAAAGCCUUUCUUGUUCACACAAUAAACAGUCCAGCUGUGCUAUUACAUUGGAAAGCCAUGUCUUAUAUAUUGCAGUACAUAACACCUACUCAGCAGGAAGAGUUCCACAAACUCUUCCAUGCAGAAGGUUUAGAAUUUGAGUGGGAGAUGUUGAAGAACAAAAAACUAAAGCAAGAAAAGGAUCAACGUAGUAAUGAAGUCAACAUCCAUCAUCAGUCAUCUGAUAAUCUAGAAAGGAUUGGGAACGUUGAACCUAAGUUUGAUGUCCCACUGAGUCAGUUGCUUGUGAACCAAAUAGUUCCAUCUUCUCCAGAAAAUCAGUCAGACUCAGGAUUUGGACAGUCCAGAAAAAAUGAUAAUGAACAUGCUGACCUUACAAACCAAGGAACAAAAAAAGAAAAACUGGACCAAGAGCUGGAAUUUUCUACUAACAUCCCUCAAGAAGAGGUCCGUGAUCUGCAAAUGGAGCUUGGAUCAGUCCAUUCAUCAAAUUUUAAAAGUAAUGAAGAGGAUCAGCUGCAGAAUGGAUCCACAGCUCAAAGUGGAGAUGCCAAUGGUUUGAUCAGGUCACAGCGUAGAAGAAGGAAACGUACUCAAAAUCAGAAAAAUAGGAAAGAACGAAAGACACGGAGAAAAAUCACAAGAAAGAGAGAGGCUCGCAGAAUUGAUCGGCAGAUAAAGAGGCUUAAUGCACGUAUUGGUUGUCCAGUCCCGGGAUGUUUUGCAACAACAGAUCUGAAACUUCAUGCUUACAAAUAUCACCUCCCUAAAAUCUUUGAUCUGGAUCUUCCAAAUUCUGAUUCAGAUCUUCAAAGCAUGCGUUGGUUAACACUCCGAGACUUGACCUUUUAUAUUCUAGGUGUAGAUGCUCAUGUUGAGGACCUGCUGGAAUUUAUGAGAACCAAAAAUGUUUUGCCACAAGAGGUUAAAAUAACACCUUCCUUAGAAAUUGCUAUGAGAGCAUUAUGUCAGCAUCAAGGACUGGAGAUCCCUAUGCAAUUCACACUGUGGCCCCCAAAUAGCCCUGCAAUCUUACUUCAUUGGAGAGCCCUUCUGGGACUAUUGCAAUAUGUUUCACCACAGCUUCGAGAUCAGUUCAAAUCUGCUUUUGCUAAAGCAACAGUUGGUGGGUUGAGCUUACAGGAUGUGCACAGUCUUGGUCACAAAGGCCUUCAUUUGUUAAAAGAUGUUGAAGAGACAGCCUCUCAUGUCAAAAUGGAAAGAGAAGAAGGAAAUUUCACAGGCAAUAUCUCGUUUGAUGAAAGUCCACAAAAUUUUAGUGAAAACUUAUACUUUGGAACUGAAAGACCUGACAUUUACCAAGAAGACAGAGAUUACAUUCCUUCUCAUCAAGAACAGCAUGAACAGUUUCAUAGACAAACUCCUCCUGAGGACAUUGAUAGGCAGUACAUGGUUGGCCCAGACAGACCAUAUGAAGAAAUCUAUAUGCCAGAGCGACUGUCCCUAAUGGACAGUCACUUUUACUUUGGGCGUCUCUGCAUGUUGUUUGAUGUAAGAGAUAUUUCUCCAUCUGGUCUGUUGUCAAAUUUAGCAGUUCAUGCACAACCAAAAGUCCCAGCUGACAUUAUAGGUGGAGUCAUGGUCUACAGCAACCCAAAGUCUUUUUCCCUCAGUAAUUUCCCCAAUUACCCUGGAUGGAGAAAUUGCUUUGGAGUGGAUGCAUUAGCCUCUCCUAAUCUUCUGCAGGAAGAGUUUGAAGCCAUUAGUGUCUUGACCAACAGUGCUGAUGCUGCCCUUGGAGACAUUGGUUUGGACCGCUCAGCUCAUAAGGAAUCUUGGGUGGAACAAGAACUGACAUUCAGACAACUUCUUACCCUCAGCACACCUGCUCAACCGAUGAUCUUAAAGGUAACUGGACCCCAAGGGGAUCCAUACAGUUUGGAUGUCAGUUCAAGAGUUAGAGACCUUGUCCGAAGGCAAUGCAGUCCAGACCAACACAUCCAUAUCUGUAACUUCAGGGGAGAAGCAUUAAUGGUGAAGGAAUGGCUAGAGGAUUUUCCAAACUGUUUCUUUGGAUUUUCAAGAAAAGUCCUGGAAUUUGAUGAACAACAAGUGAAAGGGCUCCAAGCAGUGCCUGAUGACCGACUCCUGCUGGAAUCCGAUGUGUCACUGCCUGGUGUUCAACAGAACAUUCUAGAAAACAGUCCUCUAUUCCUUGGAGAAGUGGCAUCUGCUGUGGCAACUAUUCGCAAUGAUACCUUGGAAAAUAUUGCUCAUAAAACUGUGUCUAACACAUGUCGUCUGUACAAUCUCUAAAUUUUCUUGCUGAAUUCAAUUCAGUAACAAAAUAAUUUUUUCUGUCCAUAAUCAAAGAACAAAUACAUUUAGCUUAAGCUACAUUUUACAUGUAUUUGUAAGUGUAAAUAAUUAUUUUAAGUGUGAAUAACAUUCAUUCAUCAUGUCUAUCAAAACAUAAACAUGCAUAUUGAUAAGUAUUUUGUACUCUAGAUGAUUUAUUUGAUUAUAAUGGGUCGUGUCUACUAUUCAAGAUGCUUGCAAAAUGAAUGAAGCAAAGAAUUAAUAAUCAAUAAUAUGUAGAAAUAAUGCAUUAUAUGUAUAUUCAAAUAUUGGCCAGCCUAUUUUAUUUUCACUUUGGAAGUAAUAUGACCCAAUACAUCAAACAAAUUUUGCUUUCUUAAAUUUUGAUGCCCUGUGCACUAUAUACAUGUACCUUUAAAAAAGUAUACCGGGUAUGUAAAAACCAUGAACAUGUAAUUGUGCAUCUGUUUACCUGGAGUAUCAGGUAAAAAUUGGUGCAUCAUGUCAUUUGACAAGUGUCUGGUCUCUAUGAUAUGGCUCAUGCUUUGAACUGCAACACUUAGUCUGUCAGAGUUCAUGAUAAAAGGCAUCUAUUUGUUUAUAGAUAAACUAGUUUAGAUUUUAUUAUAUAGGUACAGAUAUACCUUUCUUGUGUGAAACUAAAGAAUACAAAAAAUAGUAUUUGUUGUACAUGUACUUGUAACAAUAUCAAGUUAAAAAAAUGGCAAAAGUUUAAGAUCAAAUGUAAUGUUUAUAAAUAUGUGCAUUGCAUGUAUAGCUAUAUACACAGUGUACAAUGAUCAUGUCAUUGUGUAAUUAUAGUGCUCAUAGUAAAUAAAGUUGUUCAUUUUCUUUUGUUAGAAUAAUCUCAAUAAAUAACUUGAAUUGAUUUAUCUUGUAAUUGAGGUGGAUUGUGAAAGUAGGAUAAUCAUAAUUUUAUAUUUAUAGAUUUAAAUUUAAUUUUCCUUUGUUCACUGAUUGAUUGGC